AUGCUUCAUUCAGUACUAGCGCCUCGAGGUCUGUCUGCGGAAGAGAAACGCGUGAAGCUUCUGGAGAUCUUCCAUGAGACGAAAGACUUCUUUCAGCUCAAGGAACUCGAGAAGCUUGGUCCAAAAAUGAAGGGCAUAGUUUCACAGUCUGUCAAAGAGGUGCUGCAAAGCCUCGUGGACGAUGGCCUGGUACAGGCGGACAAGAUCGGCUCAUCAAACUUCUUUUGGAGUUUUCCUUCGCAGCGAGGGGCUAUGAUGCAAAAUCGACUCAAUGCAGUGAAGGGGAGCCAGGAGUCCUAUCGCGCGCAAUUGAAAGAGCUGCAUGCCGCGAUUGAGACAGAGAAGGCUGCAAGGCCCGAGAGCACGGAGAGAGAUGCAUCGCUUUCGCGCCUAUCAGCUGCUCAGAAAGAGCUGCAAAAGCUGGAGGCCGAGCUCGCUCAGUACGGCGCCUGCGAUCCCGUCAAAGUAGAGGAAAAGAAGCGUGCGGUAAUGCUGGCGAAAGAGGCUGCCGUCCGAUGGACCGACAACUACAUUCUGUUGCUCGGGCAUUUCACACGGCAGAGUUGUGUGGAACCCAGCGAAAUCAAGAAAUACCUUGGUGUUGACGACGACUACGAGGAUAUAUGUUGA